UGAGACUAAACUCAACAACAGAGAAAGAGCGGCCAAUCAGAUGGCUGAGAAUUUUGAAAAUGAAAAGGAGCACCUGAGGACUGCAGGAGAGCUUUCAAAGGUUCUUGAAUCCACCCGCAGUCGCUUGCAGAAUCAGCUGCACAAGAAAGAAGCUGAAAAUAAUCGGCUGGAGGCUCAGAUUCAAAGGCUGGAAGGGACACUGCAGCAUCAACAGGAGGAGGUGCAAGGCCUGCUGGAGCAGAUGAGAGAGUUGAAGCAGCACUGUGAAGGAGACAAAGACGUCCACAAACAGACCUUGGAGGACCAGAGGAAACAGACUGAACAAAGUGUGAAUACAGCUGCACAGCUCUCUGCACAACUCCUGGACAAGGAAGCUCAGUUAGCAGAGGCUCUCUCCACUGCUGAGGAGCUUCGGCAGCGUUACUCCAAACAGAACAGAGAGAAAAACCAGCUGGAGUUGGAGAUCACCACCUUAAAUAAUCGCCUCACUGAGUUGAGUGAACAGCUGCACAGUUGUGAGGAGAAGUCCUGCACAGAGAGAGAGGGGCUUCUCAGCCGUCUACACUCCCUCACCUCAGAGAGCACAGCUACCAAACUGGAAAACCAGAGACUCAAGAGCACUCUGUCAGCCACAGAGGACAGGCUGUCUUUGACUCAGUCGGAGGGACAGCGGCUGAAAAUUUCUCUCAGAGACUUUGAGAGUCUGGUAGAGGGUUACAAGAGUCAGUUGCAAAAGACACGUUUGGAGUCAGAGGAAUACUCUUUGAGGCUGGAGAUGGUGGAGAAGGAAGCACAGAGUGACCGCGAGGAGAUAGAAAGAGAGAUGGAACAGGGCCGCAAGCAGUUCCAGGCUCGUCUGAAGGAAAUGGAGAUGCUGUGUGAAGCUCUGAAGCACUCGGAGGAUGAGUUCAGGGAGGUCAGAGAGAACAUGCACAUCCAGGACAGGAGAAAUACAGAGCAGAACAGCACUCUGUCUGAGCUCAGAAUCAAGACGGAGCAGCAGAGUUGUAAAAUAGAGAAUCUCCAGGAGAAGAACUUAUUUGUACUUGAAGAAAACAUGCAGCUGAAACACUCCAUAGAAAGCACUGAAAGGAAAAUGGACGAUAUGAGCACUCAGAACAGGGAUCUGCUUCAGGUUGUGGCUAAGCGUGAAGAGACCAUCCACAACACUCAGCUGCGUCUGGAGGAGAGGAGCAGAGAGUGUGACUCCCUCCACAGACUGCUGGAGCAGGCCAGGGAGGAGGCACAGAGACAGGUGGACCAGAGCCUGGAGCGGGUGCUGUCCAAAGAACGCUCAGCUCAGUCUAAAAUGCUGGAUUUGGAGAGCCAGCUGAGCUUGGCUAAAAAGGAGCUGGGUCAGCUGCGCCUCAGCAAAGAGGAUAUGGAGAAGCGAUUUCAGUGCAAACUUCAAGACAUGAAGAACCAGUUGGAACAAGUGAACAGUGCCAACCGCAGCCUGCAGAACUACGUCCACUACCUUAAGGCUUCAUACACCAAUGUGUUUGGAGACACUGCUUUAACAAGCUCACUGAAUCCCCGUAUCUAAACACUGACCAUGAAUGAGCCAUUUCUUUAUUUAAU